CCAAUGUAUGCUCGAUGGGUACAUUCGCAUGCGAUAGCUGUAACGCAUACAUACGUACAUACAUUGUUACAUAGGCGUAUCGUAUUUGAUAUUGACUGUUAAAAUAGCGUUACAAAAUUAAAAAAACAUUAUAUGGUAUGUAUGUACAUGCAUACAUACAGUAUAUCGUAAGUUUAUUGAAGAAAGAAAUGUCACGGUCGAAAUUAUUUACAAGGUAAAUGUUCACGACCUGUGUUGAAUACUCAUACUACACGGAAUUGAAAGCGAGGAACUUUUAUAUGCGUGCAAAUAACGGGCAUUCGAUCAUCAAAGUUAGGACUUUGAUCGUAACCUAGAAUAUUACAAUUCACAUUAGAUGUUCCGUACUUUAUAUGAAGCGAAUCUUCUGGAAAAUGGCUUGUGAAGGGUGUGCUACAAAAUUCAAUUUAUUCAAAAGAAAAAAACAAUGUACUGACUGCUUACGUUACUACUGCACAAAUUGUAUGACAAGAUCCGCGGAUAGGAAAUUAAACUGUGAGAAAUGUCGCCUUUUAUCCCAAAGGCCUGUGAUACGAAGUAAUUUACUCGAAAUGCGAUCCAAAGAUUUGCAUCGCUAUUUAAUGGCCAAGAAAAUUUCAACUCGAGGCUGCGUUGAAAAAGAAGAUUUAGUUAAUCUUAUUAUACAGCAUGCAAACGCGACCGACAGCACCUCAAGCAAUCAGAGAACAGAGUCCAAUCCUGAGGAUAAUCGGUAUAUGCAUAUCUUUCGCGAGUUCGCUUCAACUAUUGGUGCGGCAGACCUGCUCAGCAAUACUUCAAGGCCACAAAGCUUUACAAAUAAUGCACCAACUAAUUCUAGGAUGAAUAGGCCCCAAGAAUAUCCAAGUCAGACUCAAAGAGACAACGAACCUACUUUAAGCAGUUCCUUCAAUCAUUCCAAUUCCGUACCAAAUUCAAGGCCUAGUCCAUCUAAUAGCAAUGAUAGCCAAACUAGACAGAAUCCACAGACGUCAAGUGAGGAGGCAACACCAAUUAUUAGCUGUCCAGAGACAGAAAAUCCAACAUCCUUCGGUGUGCCACCUACAAACAUUGAAAUUGAGGAGCUCUCUGAUAGUGAAAAUAGUCAAGCCAGUGGGCCAGAGCCUCUAAUUACUGAACAUGAUGAAAACGCUGCUGCUGAUCUUGAGAAACGCUCUGAUAUGGUCAAGGAAUUGUAUAGCCACACAGGUGCAGUCAAGUUAUCUGAUAUAACAGACAUAGCUGAACUUGAAGCUUUGAAUGUAAAGCAACUGAAAGACUUGCUGAGUACGAACAGAGUUAAUUACAAAGGCUGUAUCGAGCGAGGUGAAUUAUUGGAAAAAGCUUCAGGACUCUGGCAUCACCAUGUCAAAUCUAGAGAGGACCUGGAAAAAUUACCAUUCAAAGACAUAUGUAAAAUAUGCAUGGAUGCUCCCAUCGAAUGUGUAAUGCUUGAAUGUGGUCAUAUGGCAACAUGCCUCAACUGUGGAAAACAGCUGUCAGAAUGUCCAAUUUGCAGACAGUACGUGAUUCGUGUUGUGCGAACUUUCAUGCCCUGAAAAUGACGUGAUGAAAAGUACUUGCAGUUGACCGUGUCUGCAAUAUUUCUGCAUCAAAUGGAAUUCUAAAUUGGAAAAAUUAUAAAGUAUUUUGCUCAUGGUAAUUAGAUGUAGAAUUUUUGCAAUAAUGUGAGUAUGGUUAUGCUGACUAUAUGAAAUAUGUAUAAUCCUGCCGAUUCAUUGCCAACAAAACGUUGGCUUCUUUUUAGAACAAGUACAAGCACUUUACCAAAUGUAUUGAAUUCAAUUAUCUUAUGCAAAUAUAUUCUUAUAAGCAUA